AUGUUUAAACCUACAUCAGUAUGUUAUAGUGCUUUGACAAAACGUACAAAGAAAGUAAGGGUACAAGUACUCAGAGAUUUUCCAAGAUUUCAACUAUACAAAGGACAAGUGACACAUGUCAAACCUUCCUUAAUGAGAAAUUAUUUACAUAAUUUCAAUGGUGCCAAAUAUAUAAUGGAAGAUGGUGAUAUCAAUACAAUAUUAUUUGAGAGAUAUUCAGUUCAAGAACAAGAAAGAGAAAAGGAGGCAGCAGCAUUGGUUGCUGCUCAUCAGGCUGCAUUGAUGAAUGCUGCUACGAGUGGUAGUGGAGCUUCUGGUAAUAAACCAAAACUGUCACAGGAAAUGAAGAAACAAGAGAAGAAGAAGACGACACAUAAUAAAGAUAUCACGAUAAAGGAUGUGUACAUUCCAGGGCUGGACAUAUAG